UGGCUCCUGUGAAUGUCUCGGUCCCAUAGCAAAUUGAGGAUGCAAGUAGCUACUGAAAAAACAACUUUUCCCCGACCAUCGCAGCCCCUGGAGCUCAAUUCGUAUGGUGCGGAGGAGGCCCUUACGUCUGUCUAGGCACCGAGUAGCCGUUGCAUCUUCGCGAAACCUUCUUCAAUCCGCCAAUUUGGAGUAGUUUCGCGAAGUAGCUCUCUUCGCUGUCGCUGUCUGUCCGGAGCGAGGUUCAGACAGGCAGCUCAUCCAAAUGGCCGAACCGAGAAAAGUACAAUUUGUCACCCUCUCGGCCUUCGCAGCUGGGUCAGCCGCGGAGUCGAGGAAACGCCGGCUAGAAGAUGAGGCCGACUUCAACUUUGAUGGAGACGGGGAGGUCGAGGCGACAGCGACCGGGGCAGGAGGUGCCAACGGCCGUUUCGGCAAAACCGGCGACAGGGACAAGGCUGAAGCUAGGAGGAAGAUUACGGUGCGGUUGAACGUUUCCCUGUCCGAGCCCAACGACCACUCCUCCGCCGAGUUUAAUUACAGCGAACUCGUCCAAAACCUCCAGGCAAAGAAUAAUGCUCCAGGUCUGACUUCAGCCUCGGAUCCCAACGACCCCUUCAAUGACGAAGAGAGAGAGCGACUGCAGGUGGAAGCCCUGGCGAAGAAGUUUGAAAACAAAUAUGGUAAUACAGGGAAGAAGAAGAGGAAGGACAGAAUGCAGGAUUUGAUUGAUAUAGGCUUUGGCUAUGAUGAGACAGAUCCUUUCAUCGACAACUCAGAAGCCUACGAUGAGCUGGUCCCAGCCUCUCUGACCACCAAGCUGGGAGGAUUUUACAUCAACACCGGCACACUGCAGUUCAGACAAGCCUCGGACUCCGAGGGAGAGGAGGCGGACAAGCAGCUUAAAGUCAGUGGGGAGCAGGUGAUUAAGAAGAGGAAGAAGAAAGAAGUGAACAGUCUGGAAGACAAGAAACCCAAGAAGAACCGAGUACCAAAACAAGGAGUGACACCCCUCAACCUCCACAGGCCAGAGAAGAAGAAGAGGAAGAAGCUGAUGAAGGACUCGUUGUGCCUGGCGGCCAUGCUCCGCCGCUUCACCCGGGAGAAGGAGGAGAUCAGGAAGAGGACCCCCAGCACCGUUCACCCCGGCUUGGGUAGAGGCGCAGCCAACAAGCCCCACUCUGCUGCCUCCACCAACCACCUGCUGGCUUCUGACUCUGCCCAUCCGCAGGCCAACACGGCCAACAACGACGUCUCCCUGGCUGACCUCACCUCCGAUCCCGCCGUGAUGUCACUGCUGGGCUCGGCCAAUGAGAAGGAGCUACAGGAUCUCCUGGGCGACCUGGACUUCAGCUUGUUAGACACGGCCCCGCAACACGUCAUGGCGACGGCCAGGGAGAAUGGCCUUCUGGGAGUCGGUGUUCCAGUGCCGAAAGCAGCGGGAGGAGGCGGCCAGGGUCGGGGGCUGGGCUCCUCCAGCAGUCUUUAUUCUCCGCCCCCACUGCCUGACGGACUGCCUGCUCCUCUUAUCAAACGCAUCGAGGACCUGCGGGCGGCAUCGCGGCAGUUUGAUCAGGAGGGCAGGAAGAAAUUCUUCACCCUGGACAUGAAUGACAUCCUUUUGGAUAUCGAGCUGCAGGUACAGGAGCAGCCUCUGGAGGUCCGUUCUGGCAUCUACUCCCACAUGGAGGCAUUUGUUCCCUGCAACAAGGAAGCGCUCCUCAAACGCCUCAAGAAGCUCAGCCUUAACAUCCAGGAUGACCGGCUGCGUACUCCACUGUUGAAGCUGAAGUUGGCCGUGUGUAGCGUGAUGCCAGAGCAGAUAGCCAGAUAUAACAUGGACUGCAUGGCCAAGGUUGCCAAGCAGCAGUCAGAGGAAGGCGAGAAGAACGGCUCGGAGGAGGAGGACGAGGAGAAGCCGGGGAAAAGGGUGAUGGGCCCGCGGAAGAAGUUUGUCUGGGACGACAAGCUCAGGAACCUACUGUGCAGCUUGGUGCGGGUGAAGCUGAGCUGCUAUGAGCUGGAGAGCCAGUGCUCUCUGUCUGUGGAGGACUACCUCAAGGCCUUCAUGGAAAACGAGGUCAAACCACUGUGGCCCAAGGGCUGGAUGCAGGCCAGGAUUUUGUUCAAGGAGAGUCGUGCCGUUCACAGUCACCUCACUGGAAACCUAGUCAAGAGAAGAGUGGUGCCUGGUCCAAAGGCCAAAGCCAAGGAGGGCCUGUGGAUCCAGAAACCCCCUCUCCCCAUGACCUCCACCCCGUCUCUGCACACCUCCUCCUCACCGGCCCUGCCCUCUGCUCGCCAGCCCCCUUCCUCCUCGCCCUCGGAGCCCAUCUGCCUGUCGGACUCUCUGGACGAGGACCUGACCGCUCCCUCUCUGGACUCAAUUUCCCACGCUCUGGCCCUGCUCAGCAAUGCCUCAAAGGGCCUGGGCCCUUCAGAUAGCCCCCUGUCUCCCCCACCCCUCCACAUCCCCACCUCCUCCCCUCCCUCCAUCACCCCUCACUACCCUUCAGCCUCCCAGCUCUCUGCCUCGGUCGCCUCCACAACACAGCAACAUUCCCUGUCCAAGGUGGAGACGGCCCUGCUGGGAGCUGUGCCUGCUGGGAACCUGCCAACAACGACGCCACUUUCCUCCUCUUCUACCUCUUGCUCCUCCUCCUCCUCCUCUCCCUCUGCCUCCUCCAUGGGUCGUCUGCAGGCAGCAGGUUCCUCACUGGGUUCCAGGGCUGCAGACGGCCCCUACGGCUUAAUCAAAGGAUCUGGCACCGCGGGCCAAACCCAGAAUCAGAGACAUGUUACCAUGGCAACACCCUCUCACAGGCCAAGCUCUGUGAUGGGAGGCGGCAGCAAGCUCCAUCCACAGCCCUCCCCUUCGCCUCCUAAGCAGCGGCCCCCUCCCACAGCUUCACCUCUCCUGCCCCCCCACCAAAAGGGCUUCACCAGCCCCCCAGGGGUGCUGGGAACCAUGGGAGCUCCACAAGGACUGGCCAAGAGCAGUGCCAAAGUCAGCAGCGUCAGCAGCAACGGCGGCGCUGUGAGCAGCAGCAUCACCCCUUCCUCCUCCCCAUCUUCCCGCUCCAACUCCAGCUCCCACCCUGGCCUGCAGUCCUUCUGCUCUCCCUCCUCCUCGUCCUCCACCUCCCACACCUCCCUCUCCUCCCAGGGCAGAGCCCAUGCUGCCCACCACCACCAAAAGCCCAACUUCAUCACGCCCAUGCAGGCCACCCUCACCAAGUCCUCCCACAGCAGCAACUCAUCUCCCAUCAUCAAGCUCACCCCGCGGCCCCCUGCACCCACCCCGCCUCCCUCCUCCUCCUCCUCGCCCUCGCCGUCCUCCUCGCCCUCGAACCCGCUCUCACACACCCAGAUGAUCCCUAGCCAACAGCAACAACACCAAUACUCCGCCAAAACCUCAGGCUUCCGGCCUCCCUUCAGUGUCCCGGGUGGAGGGCCGUUGAAGCAGAGCCAGGGCAGUUGUAGCUUCGCAGGGGGCCAGAAAGCUCAGUCCAUUAGCAGCAGCAGUAGCAUCAAUAACAACAACAACAACAACAUGGGAGUCAUUUCCUCUGGCUCCAGUCACCCGGACAACAGCCCCUCCCCUUCCUCAUCUUUGGUCUCGGCCAAUCAUGGCCAGAGACAGAGGGCUGUGGGCGGGGCCAGCCAGGGUUCAAAGGCAGGAAACAGCCGGGCGGCUUCAGGAACGCUGGCCACGCCCUCCGCAACGUCACACCUCUCACAAGUUUCAACAGCAGGCACUCCUCUCCUGGGCAGCCCCCCUGCUCUGCCUCUGGGCUUUGGGAUGCUGGGAGGCCUGGUGCCCGUCUCGCUGCCCUUCCAAUUCCCCCCGCUGCUCAACUUCAGCUCUCCCGGAGCGCCGGGGGCCGGCAGCAUGGGCUCAGCCCCCAGCUCCAACUCAGGAUACUCCCUAGCACAGAACGACUUAAUGGAUCUGUAUAAGAGUCUCCAGUCAGGGUCGCAGGCUGCCCUACCUCCUCACUUGCAGCUUGCUUUCUCAGAUGCGAACCAAAGCCAGGUUGGAGACAUGAAGAGGAAGCCCCACUGACCAAUAACAGCGCCGCACGCCGAGACCAGCCGGGUGACAUCACAACCUCCUGGAAGACAUCCACCAAUAGGAAUCCUCUUUGAUGGACAUGCGCCGUGAUGUAGUGCAGACGUGGGGGGAGGGGCGGGGCUCCACUGCCCCCUUUUUAAGAAAAAAACAAAAAACAAAAAACGGACCUAAAAAAAAGAAUAGGUUUAUCCUCGCUACGAUGGCAAUGAUGAAGUAAUUUAAGUGUAUUUUCUAAUUACCGGGUAUGAGAACAAGACAGUCGGAGUGAAUGAUUAAACACUUAUUUUUGUUCUGCCUAUUUUUAUUUUAUUUUGUCAACAUGUUUACAUAUGACCGACCUUGAUCACUGUGGAAUGAGUGUGAGCUAGGUGGCGGUACAGAAAAGAGUGGUAGUACGCUACAUAAUAUAAUUUGUAUUUAAGCUUAUGUGGAGUAAUAACAGGACUCUCCUUGUUCUUGCAGUACAAAAAAAAAAAAAAGAAAAACAGAUUGAGAAAUGAAUUUUUAUUUUUCUGUUCUUUGUCUCUGAUGUGGGAAUCGUGUCCGUAGAAUUUUAUUAUUGGAGGUCACCUCUGCUCCCACAAAUGACUGUUAAGUAGUAGCUUAUAUUAAUAUUGAUAAAUUAUUUGUAAUUUACACAGGGACAAAAAAAUGUUAAGCUGUGUGAGAACGCAGGUGAGGUUGAUUUGAAUGUGUGUAUGUACAUAAAACACAAUAUACUGUAUUUUCUUUCCAGGUUAGUCGGUGUGUGAAUGGGCGAGAAAGCAUAUUCCCUUCUCAGUACGAGUGUGUGUGUAUGUAUGUAUGUGUGUGUGUGUGUGCGUGCGUCCCCUCUCUUGCUCAGUGUGUCUUUGGUGCUGUUUAUCACACUGGACCUUUUCUGGAAAUAAGACUUGAAUCGAGAAAGUUAGGAAUCCUCUGCUGGUGAGAGGAGCGGGUUGUGAGAGAGGGGAGAAACGUGAGAUUGUAGCCUACUUGAAUUUUUUUUUUUUUCGUAAGUUAAGAUUUUUAUUUACUUUCUCUGCUUAUUGACUCAAACGACUCAACACUCAAUAUAACACAACGCCUUAGUUUGUAUCGAAAAGUUUGAAAAAGAACUAUGCAGGACUGUAAACGCUCAAUGCAAAAGUGCAAGUCGUCGCUUGGCUUUCAACCUCUACUCAACUGUCAGUGCAUUUCUGGGAGUUGUGAAUGUUUGUGGAUGUUACGUCACACAAGACUCCUUUUUUCUAUCUUAGAAAUACCUUCCCUCUGCAGAAUACCUCCGUCAACUGAAUACUGUUCUUCCUGAGUCUCUUAACUUGUCCUCUAUCCCCCCCAACUAGCUCUCCACCCUGCUUCCAUGUGUGUCUGACUGACCAGCGGCACCAAGAAUGGAGCCAAAGAUUGUUCUGUAGCUAAUUUAGAUGGGGUGUGCUGGCCAGCGUGUGUGUGUGUAUGUGUGUGCGACUGUGUGUCAAAGUGUCUGAGAGUGUGAGGUUUUUCUGACAUUUUUCCAAAAUGUACCCCAUGAGUGUUAACGUCUGGUCUUUCAGGAUGUCAUUGUGAAGUCAAGUAACUGGAGCAGUGGGUGACAUCUUAAAUUGUGCUUUCUUUGGGGAGGGGCGGGUGAGGGGGUUGCAACUGACAUUUCAUGGUAACUGGUUACUUAAUUCGGUCUUUUGUAGAUUAUUUUUGUGUGUCGAUCAUGAAAUUAAACAAAAAAGGUGGUUUUCA